UUGAUACAAGGUUUGUGGAAUAUUGUGACUGCCAACAUUCCUUAACUUUCACGUUGUACGGGCGUGCACCAACCAGGCUACUCCAGUUAGUCUACGGUGAAUAUUCGGUGAAAGCUGUUCUAAAAAACUCACGUAGCCACGCGAUAACGCUGUAAUGCUUAACAAAUUGUUUAUAUAUUGUGUUUUCAAUAUUUUAUGGAUGUGUGAAUGAGUGUAUGACAGAAGACCAAAGCAAUUUGUAAAUUGUUAAACCGGUCAUUUAUAAUAAGAAAACAAAAAUAUAAAAAUAAUAAAAAUAAAGAAUAAAAUAUUCAAGGUAUUUUGAAUGCAUUGUUUUGAAAUAAUCAAAAUAAAAUAGAAAAUAAUAUAAUAAAGUGUUUUUUUGUUAUCCUUGAAAGGAAAUAUUUGGAGAGAAUUCAAGCUGAGUUGAAUUCAAAGGCAUGACGAAAGCAUUGUAAAAAAUAAUGUUUUAUUUCUUUGUUGAAAUACUCAAGAAAAUUAAUGAAUGAGUAAAAUGUUAAAGUGUGAUUAAAGCUAAAAAUUGUAAAAAAGAAUAUUUUGAAUUUAAAACAAGAAAUAAAUUUAAAAAUACGCAUUGUAAAUUACUCGACAAUUGAAUUGAGUAAGUGAUGAUAUGGUGUGAAUACAUUCAUUCGUAUUUAAAGAAACGUGUUAACCCAAAUCUACAUUUUAACUACAAAGAGGGCAAAAGUCUGAUUCCUGCCACUUGUCACUCUGUUUAAAGAAAAUUUAAAUAAAACAACAAACAACCCUCCUUCAUUUCUAUAAUUUCAUUUUGCUUCUUUGUCAUGUUCAAGGAUGUUGAAAAAAAAACAACAUGAAAAAUAAAGUUGAAAUAAAAUUAAAAUAAAUUAUACAUGUAAAUAAAUACAAUAUUUAUUUUCAUUAUUUUCAGAUCGAAAGUGAAUUUUAAAGCAAAUUUUUUUCGAUUUGUUGUCUGUAUAUUUGUGCAUAAUAAUACAAAAAUAGUGAAACAAAAAAUAAUAAUAAAGAAUCACUGUCACAGCCUAAAGCCUGCCAUGAAUAACUAUUGUUACAAGUGUGUUUAUUGUUGAUAUUCUCAUGUAUGAGUAAAUACAUAUAUAAAGAUUUCUGGGUGUAUGUGCAAUUCAACUAAAGAACAUAUUUAAUAAAUGAUAAAAACAAAUAAAUUUAUAAAAAAGUGUUUUAAUAAAAGGACUAUUCUUUAAUAUCAAUAACAAUAGUAAUGUUUUAGAAAUAUUUUUCAUAAAUACCGGCCUAAAAAGUAUACUACUUAAAUAAUUAAUAAGCAGUGCAAAAGUUAAAAGCAAUUAAAAUUCAACAUUAAUGUUUUUAUGCUUAAAAAUCUGCAUAGAAAACUGAAAGUUAAAGUGUAAGGAUAAAUAUACUCAACUAAAAAAUAAAAUAAAAACAUUAGUACCAAAAGAAAUCAACCACAACUUCAUUCGAAAUAAUUAGAAUCUAUGUGUUUAUAUUGCACUUGUUUUCCCAACAUUAAGUGUAAAAUCAUAAAAAAUACCAGAAAAGGAUAAAAUAAGCUAAUAACAAUAGCAAAAACAAAAUAAAAAAUACAACAUCGAAAGUAAAAUAAUACUUACAAACAUUCUUACUUACAUUUACGUACAAGUAAAUUAGUGUCUGUGAGUCAGUGUAUGUAUAUGGAAUGUAUGUGUUCUAAAGCUAAACCAUUGUCAAUGUAAAAACAAAAACAUACCAAAAAAACCUCUCUUUUACAUACAGCUCGGUGUGAGUGAAUUUUGUGUUAGUGAGCCUGCAUAAGUGUUGUAUUAUCCUUGCUGACUUCAUCCUUGGGUAAUAAGCAAAUAUUUGUUUGGAUAUAAAAUACAUUGUUUAGUGUGUUCUUUUGCUGUUGGAUUUUUCUUAUUGUAGUUGUUGCUUUAGUAUUUAGACCAUCCAUAUCUAACAAAAACAACAAUUUAAAAAAAAUCAAACACUGCACAAACUCGUGUAACAAUUGUUUAAAAAUCACAUGUGAACGGAAAAGAUGAAAAUACUCUAUACAUAUGCCAUCGUUGUAUCAAAUGACAAGCUAAAAUCCUCAACCAUUGACAUCAUUUAAAGGUUGUCCUUAAACAGAAAGAUAAAAAAACGACUACUUAUUCUGUACAAAAAAGAAGACAAUAUAAGAGUAUGUAAAUCCUAUUUCAUUAGAAUGGUUACAGAAUCCACAUCAUAAAAACAUCAGUUCAAAUUUAGUAAAAAAAGACGUUAGAAUGAAAUACAACUUUACAAAUGCAACGGAAGGAAAGAAACCGAAGAAUGAACAACUUCUGAACAAGUGAAAAAAGGAAGGAAGCUAAAACACAAGCAAAUAAUACGAUAAAUAAUAAAACAUCAAAACAAAAACUAAAUCCAAAGAAAACCAGAAAAAAUUAAACAAAAACCAAAUAUAAGUUUAAAAAUGCAUAAUAAUACAAUGUUUUUAAGCUCGUAUUUCAAAAUUUGCAACUCAUGUUGUAUGGCGUGUCCUAAAAAUUGAUAUCAACAUUGCAAACUUACGAAAAAUAAGAUUCAAAUUGAGAACAUAAUAAAAUACAGGUCCACAGUAGAAAGAAUUAAACCAGAAAUUAUAUUAUACAAUUUACCAUCAACUACCAUUCAUUCAUCAUUUUGGCAUAACAAAGGCCAUCACAACUUUACAAUAACACAAGGAAUCGAAAUAAAAAACAUAAAGAUUACAAAUAAAGACUUUGAAAAAUUAUACAGCGUAGUUUGAUUAUGGCAACCGACCAUAUUCUCAUAAUAGAAAAACCCUACUUGGACCAAUAGUAGUAAGUCUCAUUAGAAAAAAAUAGUAACAAUACAAAACACCAUUAGUAGGGGAGAAAAAUGUAAAAAAUAUAUAUAAGCAACAUAAUAAAAUUAAUUUUAUUGUCAUUGCAAAACAACACCACAACAAUACACAUUUUUUCCCUUUAUUCACCCUGAGAAACAAGAACAGUGGCAGCAGCGGAGCAAGUACAACACUUAAGGCUGACAUCUUCCAAGUCUCAUUUAUCAUUUGUGCAACAAUUCAACAGAAAAAAAAAAACAAAAAUAAUAAAACACUAUUGUUACAUCAGUGUUUUAUAUACAAUUGCAGUUUUUUUUUAGUUUUCCAUUUUUCGUGUUUUAUUUUCAUAUUUAAAUAAACGUUAACCUUAAUCAAAGAAAUAUAAAACAGCAACAACAACAAAAACAUACAGUAACUAACUAUAGAUAGAAAAGCAACAACGAUAACAGCAGAACAAAAAGCAACAAUAGCAACGUUCAUUGCCGCAUCACAUCAUCGGGACGAAUGUUAAGUGUGUGACAACGAGCGGCAUCACCACCUUCAACUCCUACUUCCAAACUAUACCAACAGCAUUGGUUUUGUAACAGGAAGUACAAUUGGUGGAUCCACUACAAAUGUUCCCAAUACUAAUGCCAAUGCACAUGCUAGAAAUACGUAUCAUUCUACUUUGCCUGCCAUCCAUUUUACUGGCGACAACACUGGAACCAGAUCAAAAGUCAAUACUUACCGAUAGCGAUUGGAAAAAACUAUGGAUGCGAGGAGGUAUAAAUCCCGAUUCAAAAUUGGAUAGCAACAACAUUGACUCAAGCGACAGUCCAAUGUUUGAAGAUAGUGAAAUGAUGGCGCACAAUACGACCGUCCAGUUGGGUGGCACUGCGUUCCUGGUGUGCAAAGUUUCCGGCGUGGAUAGAGUGGGUGUAAAUUGGAAUCAAAUAUCUUGGAUACGUCGCCGAGAUUGGCACAUACUGUCGUCAGGUGCUCAACUUUAUACAAAUGAUGAACGUUUUGCCAUAUUGCAUACACCUGGCUCAAAUAUGUGGACAUUGCAGAUAAAGUUUGUGCAACGACGAGAUCACGGCAUGUAUGAAUGUCAGGUCUCCACUCCCACAGGCAUUAUUUCACAUUUUGUUAAUCUUCAAGUGGUUGUACCAGAGGCAUUUAUACUAGGUUCCGGUGAAUUACAUGUUGACAUGGGUUCUACCAUCAACCUAGUUUGCAUUAUUGAAAAGAGUCCUACGCCACCACAGUAUGUGUAUUGGCAAAAGAAUGAUCGUUUAAUCAAUUAUUACGAUUCGAGACGAGACAUUUCAAUAGAAACAACACCGGGUCCACGAACGCAAAGUCGUUUAAUAAUACGAGAACCACAAAUUUCCGAUUCAGGAAACUAUACAUGUUCAGCAAGUAACACAGAACCAGCGAGUAUAUACGUAUUUGUAUCGAAAGGUGAUAAUAUGGCGGCAAUAUCUAGAAGAAAAACUUCAUCUGCUGACCGUAUUGCUGCCAUAUUUAUGUAUGUUGUGGCACCCUGUGCAUUAGUAAAUACAUUAGUAAUACGGCGGAUAUUUCUAACUUAAGACUUCUUUAACGUAUAAAUACUUAUUUAGCAAAUGAAAAAAAGUGUUAUAGAACUAAAUUAAAUCCUAUUUAAGUUUCCAAUUUACAAACAUGUUAAGAGAUUUAAUAAUAAAAUUAAUAGUAAAUCUAUUUACAUCUUAUACGUACAUACAUACAUUCAUAUGUAUAAAUGUAUGUUUGUAGGUGUAUUAUGUAAAUUUAUUGUAAGUGAAUGUGUAUUAUUUAGCAAAACUACUGUAAUUAAUUAGUCUUUAAUAAGAAUGGCAACAAUAUAAAAGAAGCAACAAAACAAAAUGCAUGAUUUUUUUUAAUAAUUAUUAUAAAUGUACUAUACAACAUAAAUACAUGAAAACAUACAUAUAAUUAUAACUAGUAAUAUUAUUAUUAUUAUUGUUUACUAAUAGUAAUAACAAAAUUAAUAAUUAAUACUAUAAAUUACUUAAUGAUAAGUGUCAAAAAAUCACUAUAAUUCUAAUGAAUAAAUAUCUGUAGCAUAAUUAAAUAAAUUAAAAACAUAAUAAAUAUAAUUCAAUAGAAUACAAACAUACAAAUAACGAAAUAACGCGAUCACACACGCCCACAAACAAUUAAAAUAAUUUGAUUUUCAUUAAAUUUUAAUUGUUCAUUAUAUUGUUUUAUUAACAUACAUACAUAUGUACAUAUAUGCAUAUGAAGACAUAUGGACAGAAAAAUAGGUGUGUGCAUUAUUUAAAGUUAAAAAUAGUUUAGAAGCAAUAAUUCACAAACUGGUUGCCAAAUAACCAUAAAGUGCUCCAAGAAAAUUUAAGUAAAAUUUACAUUUUGAAUGAGUUGAUUCUUACAUAUAAAAACUAGAGAAAUUAUCCUGCUGCUCAUUGAAAUUUAAAGAAGACUACAUAUAUCGUAUGUUAUGGACCAGAAGUGAAAAAAAAAGUAAAAUGUCCUUUAAAGUAAAAUUUAAAUAAUUGACCAAGAUUUUUUAAAUUGCCUUUACAUGUAUUUUGUUUGACUAUAUCAACUAUAAAUUUAUCUUUGAAUAAAAAAAAUAAAAAAUUCACACCUGUUUUUCUCUCGACAUGUGUAUGCAUGUUUGGAAUGUCCUUUUGUUUUAUUCCCUCUUGUACAGUCUUAAAUACCUGAAUAAAACAAUUUAUUUUAGAAUUGUUUAUAUGUGUGAAGGUUGUUGUUUUUAGUUCUGGGUGGUAUGUGUGAAAGGGUGUGUCUGUGUGCUUGUAUUUACCAAAUGAAAUUUUAUAUACAUAUUAAAAAAGCAAAGAAAAGAAAACUAAUAAUACAAAUUAUAAGAAAAUUUAAAAUACAAACCGAACAAAUGACAGAAAAUUCUAUUAUGUAAAAUUUUCUAUUGAAAAUAUAUUUUGUACAGCAUGUUUGUUAAGUUUUUGUCCAUUAUUCAUUUUAUUGUAAAUUUAGGUUAAAAACUAAACUUAUUGUACGUAAAAAGAGAAAAUAUUCAAAAUAUUUAUUAUUGUUUAUAGAUUUUAUAUUUUAAUUGCAAAAAUUCCAAUAAAAAAGACAAAACAGCAAAAGAACAUUGCAGAUAAACCUUGUGAGACAACAUUAGUAUUUGUAAGCAUUUACAGAACAAAAAUAAAAACUAAUUAAUUUAAAACAAAAAUUAUUGUAUACAUCAAUACAAAAUUCAUACAUGAAACACAUAAAAUCACAUGAAAUUCUUUAGAAUCUAUAGAAAAUACCUGAAUGAAUUUAAAAGCAACAAAUGACGUAAUUUCAAAACGGUAUCUGUACAAUAUUUCAACCUGUUGUAAUGUAUUAUAUCAUACAAAAAAUAUAUAUUGAAUAAAAUAUUGCAAAAUAACUGAAUACAUAUUCAUAUGGAAAAUUAAUUAUUAUUUGAUUAAAAAGAAAUUUGAUAAAUUUAUGAUUUUACAAUUCUAGCUAUGUUCCUCACUGUAAAAAUAAAAAAAGUUUUUCUUGCCGAGACAAGGCUGUUACCUCUCUUAAAAUAUCCUAUGUGAAGAUUUCCAAUACAUAAAUAUACACAUUUUAGUUCUUAGAAAAAUUUGUAUUUCCUUUCAAAAUAAUACACAUGUAAUAAUUAAAAAUGUUUUGUUGAAAAUGCAGGACUGGAAAAUUCAGUACUAUUGUAAUUUCUUUAAUACUCUUUGACAUACAUAUGAAAAUAGCACAGUUCAAGUAGUACAUUUACUAUAUACUAUACAUAUUAGUCUAGCCAAUGGGCAUGUACAUUUGGACUCGAGGAGUUAAAAGACUUAUCAAUAUACUUGUCAAUACACAAGUCCAUAAAAAUCAAUAAUACAGUGCAUAGCCUACAGUGUAAUCAAAAAUAUUUAAUUUGGAAUUUCCAGCAAAUAAGUAAGUAGUUUUGUUUUUUGAGAAAAAGAAAAUUGCCUUCAAGGUAAAAUAUUCGUUUUGUCAAAAAAAAAGUUUUUGGAAAGAACAACAUCCGAAAACAAAAUUUCAAGGCUAAAAAGUAAGUACUUACAUAUGUAGUUAUGUGUAAGUCAUUACUAGACUCCUUCAAAGUAAUGCAGGAUAUAUAUCGUAGUUUUUGAGUAAGAACAAUUCAUUAAAAUGGCCCCGGCUCCUUAUGAUACUAUCGGGAAUCUCUUUGAUAGUAUGGCCAAUCCAACUCCAUUUCCUAUGCUAAUUGUAGUUAUCCUAAUGCUUGUUGUUUACUUCUUUUUUGUAUUUUAUAUAUAUACCCAGCAAAAACUCGGUAAUGGGUUGUACUUCCAUAACCACUUAUGUACUUUUCAAUGACUACUACUU